UGACAUGACCAUUUUACCUUCACUUUCGCAGCCGUCAGAGUGCGACCGGCGUUGAAUCCAGAAGAUCCAGGAUAUGACCUGAUACCGCAGCGCUUCCAGCGCCCUAUGGUGCACGUCACGUCCAACACGAGCCUGUCUAUCGAUUCUCCCCAAGGACGCAAACUCUUUGUCUUCGAUCGCGUCUUUGGCCCGGAUGUUAUGCAAGAUGGCAUCUGGGAGUACUUGACAGACAGCAUCAACGCCUUCACCCAAGGAUACAAUGUCUCUCUUCUUGCCUACGGCCAGUCUGGUGCUGGCAAAUCAUACACCAUGGGCACAGCAAGUGCGACAGAAAAUCCAGACGAUAUGGGUGUUAUCCCGCGAGCAGCCGCUGCCCUGUUCGAAAAGCUGGAUGUACAGAAAGGAGUUGUGAAUAAUGGCACAAUGAAGAGCGCUAGUAGCUUCAGAUCUCCUCGAGGAUAUGGCCAGCAAAACAACCUGGGCGACCGAAACUGGGCAUUGACGGCCACCUAUGUCGAAAUUUACAACGAGACCCUCCGAGAUCUUCUGGUUGCCGAUACCACGCCACUAAAUGACCGAACCUCAGUUGCAAUCCGAGAAGAUGUCAAGGGCAAUAUCAUUCUCACAGGCCUGCACCAGGUCGACAUUACCUGCGUCGACGACCUUCUCAACGCCCUCGCCUUUGGCUCCUCCAUUCGCCAGACCGAUGCUACUGCCAUCAACGCCAAAUCCUCCCGAUCCCACGCCGUCUUCUCCCUCAACUUGGUCCAGCGCAAGAGCAAGUUUUCAAAUUCCGACAAGCGCCACUCCAUGCCCCUGGAAGCUAUGAGUGGCCAGGACAUCUCCGUCACCACCGAUAGCAAGCUGCACUUUGUCGAUUUGGCCGGUAGUGAAAGACUGAAGAACACGGGUGCUCAGGGCGAGCGUGCAAAGGAAGGAAUAUCCAUCAACGCCGGAUUGGCUGCCCUGGGAAAAGUCAUCAGCCAGCUUUCGUCGCGAAACGCGGGCGCCCACGUCUCUUACCGCGAUUCCAAACUCACACGACUCCUGCAGGACUCGCUCGGUGGCAACGCAAUUACCUACAUGAUUGCUUGCGUUACGCCGCCGGAAUUCCAUCUUAGCGAGACGCUCAACACCGUUCAAUAUGCACAGCGCGCCCGCGCGAUCCAGUCCAAGCCUCGAAUCCAGCAGGUCGAAGAAGGGGAUAAGAAUGCCAUCAUUGAGCGGCUCAAGGCCGAGGUGGCCUUUUUGCGCGAGCAAAUCCGCAGUGCCAAUGGACAAGGCGACCUCCCUCCCCGUAGCGCCAACAGGUCUAGCGAAAGACCAGAGAGACAAAACGAACGGGAAGCAGAGCUUCAGAACCAACUGCUUGAUCUCCAGGAAAAUUAUGGCACCCUGAACAACCGCCAUGCUCGCCUGAUCGCAGAAAUGGCCAAGGCCCGAGAAAGCGAGCACCAGCACCAUCUCCAGUUGGACGAACUCCAGGAAGAAAAUGCAACGGAUCGCUUGAACCGCUCAAACUCAUUUGCUCAGUCGGUUGAACAGGUUGUUCUCGAAUACGAAAAGACUAUCCAGACGCUCGAACAGUCCUUGUCCAAGACACGAACCACCUUGUCGAACACGGAAACAAACCUUCUCGAGAAAGAAACCAAGUGUGCCUAUGUCGAGACUAUCAACUCCCAGUUGCAGUCUCGUAUUCAGAAGCUCAUGGACCGCGAAGCCAGCACCGAAAGCUACCUCCAUGACUUGGAGGCUAAGCUAGAUGGCCACAGCACCGGUGAAGAGAAGAACUCGGCCAUUAUUGUUGAGUUGCGCAAAGAGAUUUCCCGCAUCCGUGAGAACGAGUCUGCUUCUGAAGAUUACAUUUCAACGCUGGAGGAGCGACUUGCCGAGGCGGAUCAGGACGCUGAACUUAUGCAGCGAGAAAUUGAGCGUCUUGAGCAAGUUAUCGAGAGACAGCGAAGUCUAGGCAAGCUGGAUGCUUUGCUUCACGAACUUGACCAUGUUGACGAGUCUAAAUUGCGCGACUCAGACGAUAGCACGAAGGCGGAGUCCGCAGACGGCCAUGACCACCAACUGGCCCAAGACAAAGAUCAGCAGAAUGAAACCGAAGAAGCAACAUCAAAGCUCGCCCCUGUUGUGGAGAACGAUGAGGAUGCUGUCAUUGCCGGUGAUUCUGUGCCAAAAGCUUCCGACAACCAGCCCGUCGAUGAUGCAGCUACAAACCAGGCCUUUGCACAGUCCAAAUUCGUGGCAGACAAGCUGGAGUUGGUCACCCGAGAGCUCUUCGACCUUCGAACUGAGCACGAGACUACCGUUCAUGACUAUGGUAGACUGCAUGCCAAGUACGAAGAGGCGAUGCGAAAGAUGUCAGAGCUCCAGGAUACUAUUGACGAAGCUCGCUACCCUGAUCGACUCCGCCAUUCCAUCAUUUCCGUCGACGCCGCCACCGAGACUCGCCCCGAGUCAUUCCAGUCUGUUCAGACAAGCUACGCCAAGGAUGAUAUCCGAUCUUCGGCCCACCGAUCGCUCUCCUCUGAGCUUUCGUCAGUCAUGGACUCGCCCAUUACGGCUGAUACCACACACCUUGAUCUGGAAUCUGAAGACGAUACGGCUACUGCUAAGCCCGCAGCGUCAGUUGAAGAUCUGACCAGAGAGCUCGCACAACAUGUCGAGCUGCAUGAGCAGCAUGGACAGGACGAGCUGGAGGAGCAGACUGAACAUGUCGAGCAGCCCGAACAGCCCGAGUCGAAAGAGCAGCCCGAGCAUGUCGAGAAGACCGAGCACGUGGCCGAACAUGAGCAUGUACAGCCAGUUGAGCUGAAGGAACCAAUUGAGCUGAAAGCGCAGGUCGAGCAUAAGGAGUUGGCUGAGCCUGUGGAGCUCGUCGAGUCUAAGGAGGUGGUCGAACCCAAGGAGCACGUUGAGCAUAUUGAGCAAGUUCAGGCUCAGGAGGCUCAGCAGUUUGAAUUCUUUGUUCAGCAUGACGAUGCCGAAAUCCAGGUGCCUGCCGAGCAAUACGAACAGGCUGACAGGAGCGAGCAAAAUGAACAGCUUGCCAUGGAGCUUGAGAGACUCAGGGUCCUGGCUGAGGAAAAAGAAAACGCCGAAAGGGAACUGGCCAUGAAAUACGCUCAGCUGGAACUCAAGCACAACGAGACCUUGGAUAUGGUCGAAGAGCUCAAGACCGAAGUUACCAAGGCCCGAACUGUCGACAACGGCCCCCGCGUGAUCCGCCGAAAGUCGAGCCAGAACCUUCUUGGCGUGGAUCGUGCUCAGCGAUCAUUCGUCUACUUGAGAAAUCUUGCAGCUGAAAACUUUGAAGGAAGGCCGGAGACAAUGCAGUCAUUUGAGCUGAACCUCAACUCAGCCAUGCACGAGCUUCAAUCUCGCAGUGAACGAAUCCAAGAGCUGGAGUCCGAUGUUGCUGCGGCCAAGAAGGAGAUGGAGAGCAAAAUGGCCAUCAUCUCGGGCCUGGCGCGUGAGCGCUCUAGCUUGAAAGCCUCACCCGUUGACAUGUCGAUGGUCGCAACCCUCCGAGGCCAGCUUGAGCAGAGCGAGAGGCAACUCUACGAUCUUCGUGAGGCCCAUGCUGUGCGUGAGCGGGAAUUGACGAGCGAAGUCGAGGUCCUCCGCAAGUCUGUCGCAUCUACUCCUACCCGAGAGUUCAUGCCGACUGACGAAGAAGAGGCCGACGUUCCAUACAAUGAAAGAGUGUCUACGCUGCAGGCAGAGCUGGCUGGCUGGGAGAACAAGCAUCACGCUGCUCUGGUAUCUAUGAGAAGCACCGAGAAGGAGAUGCAGGCGACCAUCCAACAGCUGGAGGCCCAGGUCGAUGCUGCCAACGCCCAGCUGGCCGAAUCUCAAUCCCGAGCCGCCGCCGAAAAGGAUGCUGAUGCUGAAGAGGCCAAGAAAGAAGUUGUCAAGCAACAAGAGCUCAUUGAGUUCCUACGCCAAGAAAUCGACGAGUACAAGGCUGUUAUCAGCAGCAACAACGCCAAGGUGGCAGAGCUUGAGUCUCUUCAUCUCUCGGCUCGAGCGGCAAUGGACGACAUGUCCAAGAUCCACAGCUCUGUUACGGCUGAGACAACCGCCCGCCACCAGGAGCUUUCCGCCAAGCUUGAGGAGCUGAUUGCUGGCCACGAAGAUGCCACAAAAGCGCACCAGGAAGAGAUGGACGCGCUCAAGCAGAGCCACGCCCGAGAACUUGCUGAACUGAAGGACCACGAACAGACUAGCUAUGAGAAGCAGGUGGAGGUGCUCAUGACUGAGCACUCAGAAGCCACUUUCAGGCUGGAAACAGACCUUGCUCAGUCAAGGGAUGAACUGACAAGAGUUGCGACUCAAAUCGCCGCUGUCUUUGGUGCAGAGAUGCCACUGGAGAAGUUGGGCGAGCGUAUUGAGGCUCUCGUCGCCAACCAAAAUGCCGUUGAAUCAGAGCGCAAGAAGAUGGGAGAGCUUACAUCUCAUGUCACGGAGCUAUCAAACAUCAAUGAAUCACUCGUCCGGGAUCUUGAGGGAGUGAAGACGGCGAUUGCAGGCCUGCUUCCUGGCGGCACAGAAGCCAAGGCUGGUCCUCUGGUGGACCAGCUUGCUGCCGUCAAGGCCAAGGUGGAAGACCUCGAUGGCCGCAACAAGAAGAACUCUCGUCUCAUCGAAGAGCUCGAAGAACAGCUGCAGCACAACUUUGAUGAGGUGCAGGUGACCAAUAACCGCCUGAGCUCGCUGCAGUCUGAGCGUAACGCCCAGCUUGACGAGGCGUUGUCCUCUCGAAUCAAGCUUCAAACCGAGCUUGAAACCGUCCGCGAAGAAUAUGCUGCCCUCCAAAUCAAGUACAACGAAAUGGCCAAUGGAGACGUCAAGCGAUCCAACUCCAACUCGACAAUCCGCAAGAGCUCCUCACACAACUCUCUACCAUCGCCACCUCCUUCCGUCCCUCUGCCACCUCUGCCCAACGGUGCGCCCAGCUCUCCUACUUCGACACGCCCCCCAAGCAAGGACAACUUCAACAUUUCUCAAGUCACCGAGGAUCAAGAAGCCCGCAUUCGUGCUAUUGAGAAGCACCUCAGCGCCGAGCGCCAACUUACUCAGACUCUAGAAGAGGCUCUGGGCGACCUGGAGAAGCAAUCCAAGAAGGUCAAGGCAGACUGCGACGCUUGGAAGAAGCGUGCUCAAGAGCUCGAGGCUGAGGUGAAGGAGCUGAAGGAGAAGUCGUCCGACCAGUCACAGGACAACCGAUACAGCAUGCAAGCGGUAGAGGAGGAGCGAAAGAAGAGACAGGCAGCAGAGGCAGCCCGAAAGCAGCUGGAGGAGAGAAUGCAGGCCAUCAGCAAGAACAAGAAGAAGAAGGGCAGCCUGAACUGCUUCUAAGCGUGACGCUCAUGGACAAACGUAGCUGUAUGUGGGCACUGCAGGACUAUACCCCAACUCUUUGCGCCUCGCAGGAACUCUCUGCCCCUUAC